AUGACGCCAAAAUCAGGGGCUCCUGAUUUGAAGAAUUUACCUUCCAAAACGGAAUAUUACGAUAAAUUUGGUCGCGCAGCGAGGGAAUGUAGGGAAAAUGGUGACGGGGGUCAACGUUGGAAGAAUGAAUUAAAGAGUAAAUUAAAUGAAUACAGGGGGAGGGGAAAUCUAGGGGAUAUGAUCGCGGAGGCAUACUGUUACGCAUGUAACAAGAAGGAGCAACCGAACUUAGAAUACGCACCUUGCCGUUUUUUCUACUACUGGAUGGAAAAUUAUUUCCCCAUGGAUUCAGAUGAUUAUAAAUUGUCAAAAGUUCUGGAGAAUAUUUACCCCACGUUAAAGGAUGAUGUCUAUACAAAUGAAUGUAAGGUUAAUUACAAAGACGACGUUCCCAGGGUAAUGUUCCAGCUGAGGAAAAUAGUACAUGAUUUCUCCUAUGAUUACAGUACCAUAGAGAACCAUAAAAGUCAUUAUGGAACUAGCGCGAAGGAUGAAUAUAUAAAGUACCUGCAGAAAGUUGGUGCAGCAUGUACUCUUGUGGGUGUAGAUUGCCGGGGAGGAAAACAUGAAAGUGGUACAUACUGUGACGAUUUCAAUAACAAAUAUGAAGAUUACUGUGAAGGUAAGCUACAAGAACUAAGAUCACAACUGAGAACUACCGAUAGGAGCAAGGAAUCGGGAGUGCCAGAUCGGGGCAGUUUAUCAGAUACUUUAAACCAUGCUGGAAGUGUUGCUGAAGGGGAACUGGACACAUUGUUGCCUUCAAAGAAAGCGUACGGGGAGAUCGGGAAGUAUGGAACUAGUACUGGAGGCUACUUUUGUGGGGAUGAUGAUAGAAAGUUCAUUUCAGAAGUACAAGGGGCAUUAGGGGGACAUUCUGAAAUUUCAAAAGAAGCCAAUAAAGUUACGGAAUGGUUUUGUUACCCACUUGGGAAAAAAGAUACCCUAUCAACGGAUGACUCACCUUGUCAUUUCCUGUAUUAUUUUUUGGGGGAUUCGUUCUCUAAAGAAUUCAAAGAUGAUACUUCAUUUUGGAGUUUUAUGAAUACGGUCAGUGAACAGUUAGGGAAAUUGCCCCUUGAUAAAGAGAAUAAGUGCAAAAUUGACCUUAGCCACUUUAAGAAGGACCUCUUCAUAUGGGAGAGAAGAGUAUAUGCUUUUUAUAAGGACCGUGAAACUAUCCAUAAAAAAUUAGAGGACGCUGAAUCCCCCUGUAGUCGAGAAAUGGAUCAAUACCUGACAGAGGCAGCCAUAGGAUACAACCUUAUAGAUAUAUACUGCAGUGGCAAUACGUCCAAGAAGGAAGCUUACUGCUCCAAAUUUCGAUCAGACUAUGAAAAACACAAACCUGAGGAACUCCUAGGGGAAAAGUGUCCAUCAAUUCUGGCAGACGAACUUUCAGAUCUUUCAGAAGCUUUAAGUAUAAUUCUCAGCGGAGAAUCAGAGGAAGGCCCAGUGUCUGCAAGAGGCAAUCCCAUUUUCUCUUUUGCAAGAGACGGCCCCAUUGCCUCUUCUGGAUUGGCUGCAGUUGGAUUACCUGCCAUUGCAUAUUUUUUAUAUAAAUACACUUCUUUACCUUUUUGGUUACGUGAACAUUUUGGUGGAAGGAGCAACCGCAUCAGUAGCAGUCGAAGGAGGACGAGAAGAUCCACUGGUCCUGACUUUAGUAAUUUUACAGAAGAUGUUUCUACCGAAAUGCCAACGGAAUAUUCAUCAUACCUGUCGACACUAUACCCACUCGAAGAAUCCUUAGAAGAUAAUUCUACCACAUAUUAUGAAGAACCGCCGCAAUCACAACCCAGACGGCGUAGGCAACAAGAAGGACAUGGAAGAAGACGAGGACCACCCAGAGGACGGGAAAGAACAGGCAAUGAAUAUAGAUAUGGAAGCGGCCAAAAUAUUAGUUAUUUUCGCAUGUAA